GAGAAAUUUGAAACUCUGAGUCAAAAGUUUAACUUGCUUUCAAAGGAAGACGACGACGGCGAUGGCAAAAGGUUCUGCUUCCAAGCAAGCGGUGGUGGUGUUCGGAGCCUUGGCUGUUGGGUGGUUGGCCAUCGAGCUCGCCUUCAAGCCCUGGCUCGACAAGGCCCGAUCCGCCAUGGACAAGUCCGACCCGGCCCGGGACCCUGAUGACGUCGUCGAGGCGGAGGAGACCGCCGCCAAGACCGAAGACACCCCUAAGGAUGAUGCUUGAAGUAGUUAGACUAGUAGUACCAAACUACCAACUGUGGGGUUUCGAUUCUUAGUUGUGUUAUUAAUCAUCAGAUUACUCUUGAAUUGAAACUUUGUCAUGUCUAUUUUUAUGGAAUUCUGGCUUUUAUUUAAGCUCGAAUUAUGCUUUCAUGUAUGAGAAUUUCUGGAGUUGAGUUCUA